AUGCAGGACGGUAAAGCAACACCCACAGGAAAAAUGGUACUCUCCUUCGACCUCUAUCAUCUUCCCAAAACCCUCGAUGUGGCAUGGUACAAAGUUAAGGUCAAACCUUAUUUUCCCAACCCUAUGCGCUGUCGCAACUGUCAGCGGCUCGGGCAUACAAAAAACCGCUGUUCAAACGCUGCAACCUGCGAAGGGUGCAAUUUACCCCCACAUCAACCAACAACAUGUACUCGGGACCAGUGCGCCAACUGUUGCGACACACAUCCCUCAUCCGACAAAAACUGCCCUAGAUUCAAGCAAAUGAAGGACGUUCUGCAAAUCAAAACCAUACACAAGUGUUCACUUGGUGAAGCAUUUAAAAAAUAUAACCUAAACAAUCCACCCACAGACACAUCCAAACGCACAUACGCCAUCUCAGUAAAAGAAUCAGAAACAACAUCCAAUAACAGCAUCGCUCGCAAAAAUGAUCUAAAAACAACAAAUUGCAAAUCAACAACCCCAACCACUGAUUAUCUGAAACGUCCAGCAUCAUCUCCAAAAACCAACCAAGAAAAAAUCGCAAAAACCACUGCCAGCAGCUACAAACAUCAACACACCAUCAACUCAGAAUCCAACUCCAACUACAAAGGUAUACACACAGAAAAUGCAAAUCCAACAAAUCCCAGCUCAUCACCUUUAUCCAAUAUUACUCAACAACUCAUUUCAAAUAAUCAUUAUUUCAUCCCGGCAACCGAAACCAGCUCUAUGCAAAUCGAUACAGCUACUAGCUCAUCUUCGUAA